CAAUGCCUUGUGUGAUUUCUAACUCAUUAAACUGAAUGCUGGUCGUCUAAUACUGGUCCAUAUGGACCUCCAAACGCCUCGCCAUGCCACCAACCCUCACCAUCAUGCAAGUCCGCCAAGUAUCCCCCGUCUCCCACCUCAUGUUCUAACAUGUGAGUCGCCGCCCCCCUAUACCAACAAUCCGUCAUUUUCGUGUCUCGCUCAAGGCCAAUUCAAACUCAACUAGGUCGUGCCAAAAGUGUGAAGCAUCCCAGUGUAUUCAAUCCAU